AUGCCGGUGAUGUCCCCCAAUAUGCUUGUGCACUGCCAUCGCAUGACUGGCACACUUCCAGUCCUGUGCCUGCAGAGGAACUGGGGACCACUGGGGAAGAAUGGACCGAGGACAUGGGAGGGUAUGAACUAUUCUUACAAAAUGUGUCCUCUCAGCAGCUGUAGAGUGAUUCCUGCCACAGGCUUUGCUGCCUCUUUAGAUAUAAGGAGUCAACUUCUACCGAUCUCCACUUGCUCACAGCUAUGUGCUACUGAGUUCAGCAAGAAGCUGGAGAGGUUUGGAAGCAGUGAUUUAUGUUCUGCAUUUCAGAUUCCCAUACCAAGUGUGCCUGCGUUCCAGCCGUCCACCCCCAUCCCUGAGCGCCUGGAAGCUGUACAGCGCUACAUCAGGGAGCUUCAGUACAAUCACACUGGGACACAAUUCUUUGAGAUUAAGAAGAGCAGACCUCUGACUGGGCUGAUGGACCUGGCCAAAGAAAUGACCAAAGAGGCCCUGCCAAUAAAAUGCCUGGAAGCUGUGAUCCUGGGAAUUUACCUCACCAACAACAUGACCACGCUGGACCGUUUCCCCAUCAGCUUCAAAACCCACUUCUCAGGGAACUACUUCCGACACAUUGUGCUGGGGGUGAACUUUGGAGGCCGCUAUGGGGCACUGGGCAUCAGCCGACGCGAGGAGCUCAUGUACAAAGCACCCGUCUUCCGCACGCUGAGCGAACUCAUCUUUGACUUCGAGGAGGCGUAUCGCCGCUGCUGGCACACUCUGAAAAAGGUGAAGCUGGGCCACUGUGUGUCCCAUGACCCACACAGUGUGGAGCAGAUUGAGUGGAAGCACUCCAUCCUGGAUCUAGACAAGCUAACCCGGGAAGACUUCCGCAAAGAGCUUGAGAGACAUGCCCGUGAUAUGAGGCUGAAGAUUGGCAAAGGAACUGGGCCACCAUCUCCCACCAAGGACAGAAAGAAAGAUGUCUCCUCCCCACAGAGAGGUCAGGCCAGCCCCCAUCGGCGCAACAGCCGUGGGGACCGACGGCCGUCUGGUGAGAAGAAGCCUGCCGAUUCCAAAGCCAUGCCAGACCUCAAUGGGUACCAGAUCCGGGUGUGAAGAGAGCUGUGCCUUGUGUGUCUGGCUCCACAGACUUCUACUGGCCACAACUGGGACCUGGAUCCACCUGCAGGGAUUCUGACAAAGGGGACAGGGGAGCGGGAACGGAACGGAGUGCUGAUCUUCCCAGGUACUUCCUAGUGGGCCAGUCCCAGAGCUGGAUCCCAUGGGUCCCAGAGGAUUCACCUGCCUGUUUCUGGGAGAGGUGUCCAUCUUAAUUCACCGAAACAAGUAUUUUUAAAAAAAAAAAAUAAAAAAGAUCUGUACAUUGGUGGGAGUUUGCUGCAGGGAGAAUAUGAAGUGAGUGGGGUCAGCAGACUUGCUAUCAAUUUUUUUGUGUUGACAGCAAGUAAAUGAAGCAUCUUGUCGACAGUACUUCUUCCCUGUCUGCGCAGAACUCUUCAACCCAUGCAAGGCCUGCAGAGCUGAGGGAGGAGCGAUGCUG